AUGAACGAAACGGACGUUUCGAACAAUGGGACGAUGCUGGAUGCAAUCUCGAAAGCAUCUUCAAGCCCUACCACGAUGCUAGCAUCAACUACUGCCGUGCCAACAACCUCAAUGCCAAAAUCGAUAGAGGAGUCUACUUGGCUUCCAAGCACGAGUGAUAGAGCGUCAGUAACGCUGUUCAUCUUCUCGUUCAUCCUAUUCGUUGUCGCUGUUGCACUUAUUGCGAAAGUUGUCAUCAGCCGCCGUAAAAAGAGAAACAUUAUUGGUGGUACGGCCCGAUGGAGACUAUCGACAAGCUCCCAAAGUGCGGCACCUCUGCAAACUGAUGCCACUUACACACCCGUCGGAAAUACAAGAACAAAUAAUAACAGGAACCCUCUUGAUGCAUCAGGGGAAAAUCGACUUGACUGGGAGCGACAAUUUUUCGACGAGCAAGAAGCUUCAUCGCAAGAGCCUUCUCGACUUCGCUUAGAUUUCUCGCGGAUG